AUGCCAAACCGUCUGGGCAUCGCCUCCAUGUCGCUGGGCCGUCCUGGCAUCCACGACCUCCCCAGCAAGCUGCACCAGGCCGCCCUGCACGGCUACGAGGGCAUCGAGCUCUUCUUCGACGACCUAGACCAUCUGGCCCAGACGCUCUACGACGGCGACCACCGCGCCGCCGCCCACCACGUCCGCCAGCUCUGCAUCUCGCUCGGCCUCACCAUCAUCUGUCUGCAGCCGUUCGGCUUCUACGAGGGCCUGCUCGACCGCGCCCAGCACGACCGCCUCGUCACCGAUAAGCUGCCGCAGUGGUUCGAGCUGGCCCGCCUCCUCGACACCGACCUCAUCCAGAUCCCCUCCAACUUCCUGCCCGCCGACCCCGUCACCGGCGCCGCCCGCACCUCCGGCGACCGCGCCCUCAUCGUCGCCGACUUGCAGCGCGUCGCCGACCGCGGCCUCCAGUGCAACCCGCCCAUCCGCUUCGUCUACGAGGCCCUCUGCUGGGGUAACCACGUCGACACCUGGGAAGCCUCCUGGGAGAUCGUCCAGCAAGUCGACCGCCCCAAUUUCGGCCUCUGUCUCGACACGUUUAACCUGGCCGGCCGCGUGUACGCGGACCCGGCUGCCACCUCGGGGACCACCCCCAACGCGGCGGCCGACCUCGCCGCCUCGCUGGCCACCCUCCGCGCCACCGUCGACCCGGCCAAGGUCUUCUACGUGCAGGUCGUCGACGGCGAGCGCCUCGCCGCCCCGCUGGACGAGAACCACCCCUUCCAUGUGCACGGCCAGCCGCCGCGCAUGAGCUGGUCGCGCAAUGCCCGCCUGUUCGCUUUCGAAGAGGACCGCGGCGGCUACCUCCCGGUGCUGGAGACCGCCAGGGCGUUCUUUGACACCGGCUUCGAGGGCUGGGUCUCGCUCGAGCUGUUCUCGCGCACCCUCGCCGACCCCGACCCGGCGACGCCCCAGCGCCAUGCCCAGCGCGGGUAUGAGUCGUGGAAGAAGCUGGUCGCGGCGCUGGGGUUGAAUACGUCGGAGCGGUCUGGUGCGAAAGAGUUUGAGAGUACUAGUGCGGCUUUGUCGGUGCAGCAUCGGUUCAUGUUGUCUUUGUCUGUUACGAAUGCAUGA